UCGCAGAGGAGUCCGGUCCGUACGCGCUGGAAGUCUCUACCGAAUCUAUCUCUCCUACCCCGCUCCGAUUCGCGUCGUCUGGUCUCUUCUCGAACAACCUAAAGAAGAACUGGAGAAAAAGAGAAAAGACUACUCUCCUUCUCAAUCUCUCUCUGAAAUUUCACCUUCAAACCCUAACUAGCAGGCCAACCCCACUCUAUAUGCACACAAAAACCAGCAUCCUGAAAAUACUCUUCUCAUUUUCUUCCUUAUUUCAAACAGUAUAUAAGAAUCCUCGCGUCUGAUAAUCUCUAGGGUCCGAAGAAAAUGGAAAAGGACAACGCAAUUGCCGACGUAAGAUCCGUCGUCGAAGCAGUUUCAGCAGAUGAUGACGCUUCGGCACCGCUCCACCAGAUAGAAAGCCUCUGCAUGCGCUGCGGAGAGAACGGAAUUACCAGGCUUCUGUUAACUCGCAUUCCGCAUUUUAGGGAGGUUGUAUUAAUGGCCUUCGAAUGCCGACACUGUAAUGAAAGGAACAAUGAGGUUCAAUUUGCUGGAGAGCUCCAACCUCGAGGGUGUUGCUACCGUUUGGAAGUUCCAUCGGGUGAUUACAAGAUACUUAAUCGGCAAGUGGUGAAAUCUGAUUCGGCUACCAUCAAGAUCCCAGAGCUUGAGUUCGAGAUUCCUCCAGAAGCUCAACGCGGGACAUUGUCUACAGUUGAAGGGAUAUUAUUGCGUGCUAUGGAUGAAUUGAUGGCCCUUCAAGAGGAACGCAAGAAAGUGGAUCCAGAGACAGCUGAAGCUUUAGAUCAGUUUUUGAUGAAAUUGAAGUCCUUUGCAGGAGGAGAUGUACCUUUCACCUUCAUUCUUGAUGAUCCAGCUGGCAACAGCUUCAUUGAGAAUCCGUUUGCCCCAUCUAUGGAUCCAUCAUUGACCAUUAGGUUUUAUGACCGGACACCUGAGCAACAAGCAUCUCUGGGAUUCCUUGUUGAUACAUCAUCAGGUGGGGGAGAACUUGAAACACAAAUUGGUAAUGAGACUGUAGGCGACAAACAGAAACAUGUACACAAUGGAUUGAGUAGAGAACCACAUGGGUCAAUCAGAGCUGUUGCUGGUCAUCGAGCGAUUGCUCAGGGUAAUAGUGAGGAAGUUGCUGCAGCCUUGUUUAAAUAUUCUGCACCAGAAGAAGUGAUGACUUUCCCAUCAACUUGUGGAGCUUGUGGCAGUAGAUGCGAAACUCGAAUGUUUGUUACCAACAUUCCAUAUUUUCAAGAAGUAAUUGUGAUGGCAUCUUCAUGUGAUGCUUGUGGCUAUCGUAGCUCUGAGUUGAAGCCAGGUGGGCAAAUUCCUACGAAAGGAAAGAGGAUCACAAUCCGUGUGCAGAACAUGGAUGACCUUAGCCGGGAUGUGAUAAAGUCAGAUACUGCAAGUGUGAAAGUUCCAGAGCUUGAUUUGGAGCUUACAAGUGGCACAUUAGGUGGUGUUGUUACAACUGUGGAAGGUUUGAUCACUAAAAUAAGUGAAAAUCUUGAGAGAGUACAUGGUUUUACUUUCGGCGAUAGUCUUGAUGAUUGGAAAAGUAACAAAUGGCAAGAUUUCAAAUCAAGGCUAAUAAAGCUUCUGAAAGUGGAGGAUCCAUGGACUUUGAUUAUCGAUGAUGCCUUGGCAAAUUCUUUUGUUGCCCCAAAUACUGAUGCCAUUGAAGAUGACCAACAGCUCAUCUUUGAGGAAUAUGAGAGGUCUUGGGAGCAAAAUGAGGAGUUGGGACUGAACGACAUCGAUACAUCUUCCGCUGAUGUUGCUUACAACUCUGCUACAUGAAACAAGUGGUCCAAUUCCAUGUAUGCUUUUUAUUGAAUCCCUUAAGACCCACCAUUACCGAUGUAUACCAAGCUAAUCAUUUGUUUAUUGUAGCUUAAAUUUUC